GUAGGAAACAGAGGGAUCCUAGCUUCUUUUUCGAGUACAAGCUAGACAAGGAAGGACAUAUGAAUAGGAUGUUCUGGUGUGACUCCCAGUCUCGUCAUGACUAUGAGGACUUCGGCGACGUGCUUGUAUUUGACAGCACGUACAAGAUGAACCGGUAUGGUAUGCCAUUCAUACCCUUUGUUGGUCUUAACAAUCACCGGAAGACCACUGUUUUUGCUUGUGCCAUAGUUUCGGACGAGACCGAAGAGACAUAUGUGUGGCUGCUGGAGACUUUUUUGAGGUCCAUGUGUCAAAAGAUGCCUAUGAGUGUUAUCACGGAUGCCGACGCUGCGAUGAUCAAGGCAAUUCGCCAAGUCUUGCCAGACGUGUGGCACCGUAUAUGUACGUGGCAUAUAGAAAAAAUAUGAAGAUUCACCUCAGUCACAAGUCCUUGAAGGAGUUCCGAACUCUUCUGUACUACAGCACGUCCACGGCCACGUUUGAGGAGAGAUGGCACGCGUUUUCCAAAAGAUGGCAGUCGGAAAAAACAGUAACAUGGUUGAGACGGAUGUAUAAGAAGAGGAGACUGUGGGCCGCGGCUUAUCUGACAGAGGGUUUUUGGCUUGGCAUGAAAAGCAACCAGAGGAGUGAAAGUCUAAACUCAUGCCUUCACCUCCACCUAGACGGUGAAAUGACCCUGGUGGAUAUGAUUUUGCACUAUGAGAACGCCGUUGUACGUAUCCGUGAGAAUGAGGCACGAGAUGAUUGCACGGCCUCACAGAGUUUACCGGUGCCAGUUACUAGCUCGAGGGAACUUGAGAUAGCUGCUUCUCACGUCUUCACUCCAGCAAACUUCUAUAUGUUGCAAGCUGAUCUUAGGAAAAUUGGUGGCAUGGAGAUUGUAGAAAUAAAGCUCGGAGACGGAUCACAGCAGUACAUCGUGGCCUGGAAGAAUAACCGGAAGAGCCGUUUUUGGGUGGAGUACACUCCAGUAAAUUCCGCAGAAACUAUAAGGUGCAGCUGCAGAAGAAUGAUUCGAAAGGGUCUACCUUGCAAGCACAUAUUCCAUGUACUGAAGUACUUGAAUAUAUCUGAAAUACCAAAGUGUUUAGUUCUUGUGCGGUUCACGAAAGACGCAAGGUUGGGACUGCCCGCCAGGCGCACAAGCGAUCUGUUGGGAUUUGGAUGGACUGGAGCAGCUGAAAGAAUGAAAUAUAGCCAGGUCAGUGUGUUGGCUUCAGAAGCUAUGCAUGCAGCAUGCAAACACCCAACUUUGUGGGAUCAGUUACAGGAGAGUUUGAAGGCCGUGAUAGCUAAGAGCCAUGAGUAUGAUCAGCUAAAGGAAAAUUUGAGUAAGAAAACGGCUGAUCUUAGUACUUGUGCAAUUGAAUAUGUAGAUGAUGGUGAAGGCAACAUAGUUGAAGUUCAUGAUCCUAUUAAAGUAUCAACGAAAGGUGCAACUAAGGUAGAUGAGAACCGCCCUAUGUCGAAAAAUGGUAGGCCACUUUCGUACGACGAGAUCAGAAUCAGGUGCGGCGCAUGCAAAUUGCUAGGGCACACUAAACGCAGCAAGAAAUGCAAACUAAAUAAGAAAAGCGUGGUGGGCGAAGAAGAGUAGAACAGUUGCUAAAGUUAUGUUAGGAUGAAUCCAGUGAUCUAAUAGUGAGGUGUUUACAAUGUGUUACUGCAUACAUGAUACAUGAUAUAUACUAUUGCAAGAGGCCAGUACCUUGAGAUAGUGCUUGUAGCAUAUAUGGACUAAACAGGAGGCGGUCACUAGGGACUUUAAUCAUGGAAAAUGGAUAGCAUUUUAGCCAUUGUAAUGAUGGCAUCUUUUGUGUUGUCCACUGUAGUUAUAUUAUAUUAGAAAACUAGACGAUACCUGGCAUGUUGUUGCGGGAAUGUUUUGCAAUAUAUUCAUAGAGAAAUGGUUACGUGUAACAUGUAUAUGUUGUUGCGGGAAUAUUUUGUUUGCAUGUUGUGGUGGACCUUUCUCCAUACAUG